AUGAAUGUGGCGUCUCCAGAGGAAAGCCGCCCCCAGGACGCAUCCAACCCCACCCAAGACGUUCCCAACGAAGCAGCGAGCACUCCAUUGAGCAUCGAAGAUGUGGCCGCCACAGAAGAAAGCCGUCCUCAGGACACCUCCACACCCACUCAAGAUGUACCCGAUGAGGCAGCGAGCACUCCCCGCAACAUCGAAGAUGCUGCAUCUCCAGAAGAAAGCCGACCCCAGGACGCAGUCGUACUCACCCAAGACGAUCCCGAUGAAGUAGCGCGCACUCCCCAGAACAUCGAAGAUGCGGCGUCCUUGAAAGAAAGCGGUUCCCAGGAAGCAUCCGCAACAACUGAAGACGUGCCCGAUGAGAUAGCGCGCACUCCCUGGAGCGUAGACGAGCGCCUUUUCAUCGAGUUGCAAGCCGGCUUUGCACUCUACGCCGCCUUCCUGCCCAUUUGUACAGUACUUCCGCCGACCGGCCAGAGCUACUACUACGUCUUUCGCCGGUUCUUUAGGUCUGCAGAUCAAGAUACCUCCGAGACCACUCCCGAACAGGACGCCGCCGCAAGCCCGAGAACCCAAGAAGAGUACCUGCUCAAAAAAAAGGAGCUGGUACACUGGGCGCUGAACAAGACGGAUGAAUUGGCGCGGAAGGCGAUGAAGACCGGAGAGUUCAUGAGGGGUAAGAUGUGGAUAAUCGAACAGGAAGUCUUUGAUGAUUACCGAGAGAUUCGCGAAGAGUAUGGCCUCGAAUUGCCGAUCGAAGACCCGAGGCAGACCAAAAAGAUUCGCGAAUUCCUGUAUCGGAUCGUUUGCGCAAGGUUCCCGAAGUCGUUGGGACAUAGUCCUUCCAGCUCAGAUGCGGACGAGGACCGCAUUCGUACAGAGUAUGCUGACGACGACAUGUAUGACGGCUCUACUCGUAGCUCUCCUCCUGGGGACGAGUUUGAGACUACAGAGAGCGCUUUGCCGGCGGAGGAAGACGCACCAGCCACGGAGGAGACUACACGACGGACACGUACGAGGGCCAGGAAGCCCACCGCCGCCCCCGACGACAACAACGCAUCCCCACCGGUUCGUCAGUCCGGCCGAAAAGUCUUUGUAACCGACAAAGCGAAGAAGGCGCAGACAGGUACGAAGCGCACCAGACGGAACACAGCGGUGGAGAAUGAGAGCGAAGACGAGGAUGAGGAUGGAGAAGAAGACAUCGCGGAAGAUGAAGAAGAGGACGACGGUGGAGCAUCACCGAAGAAGCGCGCGAAGAAGACCAUCCAGAAGACCGCCCAGAAGACCACAAAGCCGAAGACCAAGAAGGGUCAUGGACCGAACCGCAAGCAGAACGAUCACUGGACGAAGGAAGAGCGCGAGGUCAUCAUAGCACUCUUCAACAAGAUUAUAGCCGAGAAGGGCCUUAUUUACUGGGCGGACAACAUCAGUGCCCUCUUUUACGAGGCCACUGACGCGGUGAACGCACAUAGGGCCCUGGAUAAGGCCACAUAUCCUGGUGAUCCUCGCGGCAUGGAUGGUGUGCGCACUCAGGUUCACAAGAAGGCUGCUUAUAAGCGCAUUAAAGCGCAAGCUGACGCACUGAGGACUAGGAAGGCCAAUCCGAAGAAGACGGUGACAGAGGCAGAGCUGAAACCGCGAGAUGUGUUCAAGGCGGCGGAUCUCGAGCCCGGCAAGGGCAAGUGA